CAUCGUAUCCAUUUUUGCGUUUUUGACUCUUUUCCUCCCAAAACGACUUAACAAACUGUCCCAAAAUGGCACUACGCACUUUCUCCAAAGAGAUUUUCUAUCUCUGGUGUCUUCUGGGAACGGUAUUCAGCAUUCCCAGUUCAACUUCUUUCCCGCAAAAAUCAGAUGAUCGCCCUUUCACGACAACCCGAAAAAGUAAAGUGCUUUUCGAUAUGCCUGCGCUUCCGAAAAUCAAAUCGCCAAUGACUGUGGAGAAUUUGGAACAGUUGCGAUCGACAACAGCAACAAGUACAACAAUAACAUUACCGAAAUCAACAACAACACAGAGAGCAAUUUCAGAAGAGCAGCCUCUUUAUCGACUCAAUAGUAGCAAUGGCCGCGCAUGUAUUCUUCUGCAAGUAGACUCUGUAGUCGAUAUUACUUUUCGUACAACAUUAGGAGAAGAAGAGACGGUAAGUGUUUAUAUACCUUCUGAUGCAACUGUAACUGGAAAUUGUGACGAUGAAAAUUUGGUAACGAUGUCUCUGAAAUGGAAAGCCUUCAUUCUUUCCUGGAGCUUCGCCAAGACACCGGGACGUGAACGAUGGUACGUCGACAAAAUUGAACUGACCUUCAAUUCUAGCGACCGAUACUUUCAGCUUAUUGAUCAGCCAAACAAGACAAUGAGGCUGAGCACUGAUAAAAAGCACAGUGCCAUGUUGUUCCCUACCCCAGUUGGAAAAUCUUAUGCAUGUUCUCAAGAAACUGUUAUUCCUCUAACUGAUGGCAAAAUGACUGCACGUCUUCUUCUCAGGGCGAUGAAAUUACAACCCUUCAAGUUUAAGACCAAUGAUUUCGCAACAGAAUACAAUUGUGACACCCUAAAUGCUCGUGCCUCAAGAGAUGAAACUGCACCUGUUGCAGUGGGAUCAACUCUUGCAGCAGCUGUUCUCCUAACAAUCACUGGUUACGCUGGAUAUCGAUACUUUAUAGUGAAAAAAGUUAAAUAUGACACAAUGGAGUAAAUUGGAAUUACCAAAAAAAUCAUAUCUAGAAAAAUCCAAUGGAUAACGUAUAAAUUUUUAUACGAGAAAGGCUUUAACGAGUGCUUUUUUAAAGGAAGUGUAAAACGUUAGAGUUAUAGAAAUAUUCAUCAUUCCGCAUACAAAAACUCAUAAUCUACAGAAAGAAUAGGAAUUCUCUAUGUUUUAAAACCACCCAAAAAAGCAAGAGACACAUUUGUGAGAAUCGAUUAGAAUGUUCAUUGAAGCCAGGUGUAUACAUAUAAAAAUAAAUAUCAGAAGGUGAAGAUGAUUUAUCCUUAGAAAAA